AUGCGGCUCGCCGCCGCGGCGCUGCCGCGCCUGCGGCGGCUGGCGCUCGCCGCCAACCACGUCGCCGCGCCCGGCGCGGCGGCGCUGGCCGGCGCGGGCUGGGCGGCCGGGCUCGAAGAUCUUGACCUCGGGUCAAACCCGCUGCUGGGCGACGCCGGCGCCGCCGCGCUGGCCGCCGCGCCGCUGCCGCGCCUGCGCCGUGCGUGCCUCGCGCGCGCCGGCAUCACGGACGCGGCGCUGCCGCCGCUCGCGGCGGCGCCGUGGGCGCUGGCGCUGCUGGAGCUCGGGCUCGCAUACAACCGCGGCCUUGGGCGAGACGCGGCGCCGUGGGGCGAGCUGGCCGCGCGCCCGCUGGCCGGGCUGCGGCGGCUCGACCUGCGGGCGGCGACGGCGCUGUGCGCGGAGGCCGCGGCCGCGCUGGCGCGCGCGGCGUGGCUGCCGGGGCUCGAGGAGCUGCGGCUUGCAGGCAUCAGCCUGGGGGCGCUGUCGGCGCUAAGGCGCGCGCCAUGCUUCGCGGCGCUCGAGGCGCGCGGCGCGGUGCUGCUUCGCGCGUGA